AUGGAUGCACAGCACAGUAUGAAUAGCUGGUUGGGUUCAAAUCAUGCAGGCGACGAGCAGCCGUUGGAUAGCCACCACCAAGGUUGGCCGUCGACAGCUGCAAGUCCCAGAAAUCCACAAUCGCGAGGUCGCCGAGAACAUGCUGUGCAGCCACCUUUGUUGACAACUGCACUGAACGGUUCUCAAUACCAGGGUCUCGGGGCUGGCCUUGGUCUUACGCCGACCCCUUCAUCAAUGACUUCGCUUUCGAGUCCGUUCACUCACAGUCAAUCGCCCUGCGUCCCAACUCCCCUGAACGGUAGAUCAGUCUCGUCAUCUUCGAUGGCAGCCAGAAACGUAUAUAAUGUUCCUUAUAACCCCCAAGACUGGGGCCCCCCCGGAAGGUCCCAGGCGCAGGGCCAGUAUGUCCCAAGCACAACGCCUUCUCCUCCUAAUCGGAGAGAAAACGAUUAUGACAUGCCUGUGCAGUUUCAAAGACGCACAAACCGUCCGAGGCCACUUUCUAUGGUUUACCCAUCUGAUUUAGGGUCUCAGCGGCAGCCGCUACCUCCGCCGCCACCUCCACCCCAAGGGCAUGCAGUGAAUAGGAGCGACCAGGCUGCGCAAUACAAUUCUCCGGCAAAUCAUCGGCCCAUGUUGUCCCACUACGACCAAGCUCAAUCUUCGCCAGUUUUUCGAGAGCAUGUAUAUACAACACCUGCUCACUUGGAGACACCAUCUCGACCUCCAGCAUCCCGAAGAGCUGCUUCUGCUGGGGCCGUGGUAAGCAGCGCGGGGUCAUCGAGAGCUGCAAGUCAAUCGCGACAUCGAUCACCAUCAGACAGUAACUGGGGCCAAGGAUUGCAGCUUCCACCACCGCCACCAGGACCUCCUCCUGCCGCCAGGUCUGUCAGCGUGAGUGGAUCGUCAGAUUCAUCAAUGAGAACGCCACAAGGAUCCAGCUCACAAGGAUCCGCUAGAACAAUGAGAAGGGCGCCCCCUAUCCUAGGAACAGGAUUGGGAAGCAUCCCACCUACACCAGCUGACUGGAUAGAUGAGGGAUACCUAAACAGUCGACCAACAGAAGCUUUAACUUUUAACACGGCCGAGGCUGCCAAUGCACCAGAACCGAGUGGAGAUUCUCACGACCCCUCUAGCCAAAAGACUCCCCGUAGCGGAGGUCUUUUCCGUAGCUCAGCAGUCCGCGAUCCAAGUACCAAAGGCAUCCGUGAAAGGCGGAUUGAACGGAGAAAUCGGCAAAGUCAAAUCUUUGAGCCUCCUAGUGCGGUAAUUACAACUGGCAACCCUUGGGCCGAUGCUCUUGAGCAGGUCAAACCGUCGAACCUCAUCCUACCAGAGCAAAACAGCAGUCCCGACCAAAAUCGUCAUCCAUCGUCGGGGAAGCAUACUCCUACUCAUAGUACUCGGAGUAUUGGAUCGGAGGGACAAAUUCUUUCCACGCGAUCUCGAGCAUCCUCAUGUGGCUUGUUUUCAGAACAAUCACCUCACGGAACCCCCAACCAGCAGCCAAGCUUUGCCGGUCCUUCUGUUGCAGUUGCACAUACGCCUCCGUUCUCGCCAAACGGAAUGGGCCAUUCGCGACAUCCCAAGGAAGCUAAUCAAGCAAUACCACCCAAGGCGCUGCCAACUCCGCCUCUCAACUCGGCAAAGGAUGUCCGGCCACGCCCCCGCGCUUCCUCCCGAGGGGCGGAAGACCGACCAAUCUCCCACAUUCUUCACAUGCCUAACGACGCUGUCUCGAUACUGAAGCCCUUGUCGCCACGUCGAACGCCUAGUCAAUCACCACGGAGACAGGUGUCUAUGGAAGCAGUAAUGAGACAGGACUCUAAUUUUCUUCAGGAGGCCAUUCAGAGACACAAAGCUUUCAUUGAGAAGGAAGCGUCUACCGCCGACGAAACCGAAGCACUCAAGAUCUUUGCAGACUACAUUCUCGCCGAAUCUCAGAUCCGGCGUCAGCGGUAUUCCAAGGCGUGGGAGUCUUUUCAAGUCGACGAUGUACGAAGCAAUCUCUUCGAGUUGCCAUUUAUUCAGCCGACAAAGAUGAUGGCCCCCCCAAAAUUGGACAUACCACAGAAUCGUUUGAACCGGCCGGAGUCUACGUGGUGGAACAACUACCAACCUUGUUUGUCGCCAAUUGCCAGCCUGAAUAUGAGCAAUGACGAGAUGAGCUCCCGGGGCCGCGCACCAAGUCGUUGGUGGGAAUCCAAGACUGGUUCUAGCAGCGAGGGAGACGAGAGACGGGUUCACCGAUCCAAACGUGAAUCAAAAUACAUGGGCUUACCUCGAGACGCCAUGCAUUGGGACCAGGAGUUGACCCCUUCUGCCCCCAACGAAGUGAGAAUGAGCGAUAUCCCCUCGGAGUAUGGCCCUGAUGUACGCAGCUUGGACAUCUCACGAUUGAUCACCCUACCUCCACCUUAUCCCCGCCAUCAUCCUGCCGUGAACAACAGCCAUCCUGAUUUGGUCACCCACCGAACUACUGUCCGAUCAAUCACAGAUCUCACCGAGGUCAAAACCACCAGACAUCGGUACAAGGCUGACAUUGAACGAAUGUUGGAAGAACACCAGCAACAAGUCAAUGAGGGCCACCGUCACUUCAAGUCAAAUAUACAAAGCCAAAUCCAAGAAGGUAGCCUCACUUUUACUGAGGCUGCAGAGGCGGAGGCAGCGAUGAUCGUUGAAGAGAACGAGCGAGAAAAAUUGAUGGUUAAACGCCAGCUUGACAUGUACCAAGAAACUGUCCUCAAGCCGAUGCACGCAAUCAUCGUCGACAGAAUUGGCAGAGCCACAAGCUGCAUUGACGAGCUCACUAGCCUGCUCUCCGACGACGCCCAGCGUGGAACACCAGACGAAACUCAAGAAGAGGGUGAUGAAAAGCCAGAGCUACUGGAGAAACUCACGCAACUCAAAUGGCUUUUUGAGGCCCGCGAGCAGCUCCACCGGGAGUCCUUCGACUUGAUCAGUGACCGCGACGAUAAAUAUAAAGCCGUUGCACUUCUGCCCUACAUACAGACCAAGAACGAAGACAAGAUACAAGAAACACAAGCAUUCUUCUCUCACGAUGCCCUGAACCGACGUGUGCAGUUCGAGAAUGAGGCGCUAUCUCGUCUCGAAUCCUUCCUGGAUGUCAUUGAGCAGAAUGUCGUACGAGGCGUCGAGGUGCAGCUAUCCGCAUUCUGGGAUAUCGCGCCGUCUUUACUAGCCCUCGUGCAACAGGUGCCCGAAAAUCUACAAGGCUUCCAAGUGCAGAUUCCACCAGCCGAAUACGAGGAAAAUCCCAGCUACCAUAACCAUCCACUGCAGUACUUGUAUACGUUGCUCUCACAUGCGGAGAAGUCAAGUUAUCAGUUCAUCGAAUCACAGACGAACCUACUUUGUCUCUUGCAUGAGGUGCGAUCUGCUGUUAUGCGGGCUAAUCGGGUUCUGGUGGAAGCUGAACGCGUUAAGUGUGGAGAGACAGAAGAGGAAGUGCGUCGUGAGAUGAUGGAGACUCGUGCUGAUGAAGAGCUAGCUCUUACAACUGAUCUCAAGGACAAGGUUGCUACUGUUGAAGGCCAAUGGGCUGAGGCACUGGGAAGCCAGAUUGAAGGGCUGAGAGAACGGGUGAAGGAACAGCUUGUCAGCGAAGAUGGCUGGGAGGAUUUAGAGCAGUUGGAAGAAUGA